UAUGACUACAUGGGUUCUGAGGUGGCAGUUGCAACUGAGAAAGUUGUCCAUAUCUUUGGGCUUAUCAACACUAUGUUUUCCCAGCUCAAUGUGACUGUUAUGCUAUCUUCCUUGGAGCUCUGGUCAGAUCAAAAUAAGAUUUCAACGAAUGGGGAUGCUGAUGAAGUACUACAAAGAUUUUUGUUAUGGAAACGAAAAUUUUUGUUUCAAAGGUCCCAUGACAUGGCGUACUUACUAGUUUAUAGGGACCAUCCUAAUUAUGUGGGAGUAACAUAUCAUGGAAUGGCAUGCGAUCCACAGUUUGCUGCAGGAAUUGCUCUGUAUCCAAAGACAAUAACUUUAGAGGCAUUUUCAGUUGUUAUGGUACAGUUGCUUGGAAUUAAUCUGGGAUUAACCUAUGAUGACAUCUACAACUGUUACUGUCUGGGAACUACAUGCAUAAUGAAUCCUGAAGCAAUACAAUCUCGUGGAGUAAAGUUUUUUAGCAGCUGCAGCAUAGACGGAUUUAAGCAGAUAAUUUCACAGCCUGAACUUGAGUGUCUUCAGAAUCAACCAGUUUCAAAAGUGACUUAUCAAGGAAAAAAUCCACUUUGUGGCAAUAGAAUUGUGGAAUCUAAUGAGCAAUGUGACUGUGGCCCACCAAAGGAAUGCUCUCAUAAAAAAUGCUGUAAUCCUGUAGAUUGUACUCUGAUCGGAUUUGCAGAGUGUGGCACUGGGACAUGCUGUGAUACAAGCACUUGUAAGAUUGCUGUAAGAGGACAUUUAUGUAGAAAAAGCCAAGAUCUGUGUGAUCUGCCAGAAUAUUGCAAUGGAACAUCUGAGUUCUGUGUGCCUGAUGUGAAAACUGCUGAUUUAGAACUAUGCAAUAAUGACACCACCUAUUGCUAUGGUGGAAUAUGCCAAGAUCCUGAUAAACAGUGUGUAGAGUUAUUUGGAAAAUUUGCUAAGGUUUCUUCUUAUCUGUGUGGACAAGAAAUAAAUUUUCUAAAUGACAAAUUUGGAAACUGUAAUCGACGUUGUGAUUUUAGGCAUAUUCUUUGUGGGAAGAUUGUUUGUCACUGGGCACAUUCAGUGUUAAUACCAAUUAUAAAUUAUGAUAUACAAUAUACGCUCAUGGGAGGGCAAGUAUGUGUGUCUGCGCAUUUAAGAAAUACUUCAAAAAAGGAUAUUACCUACACAAAUGAUGGUACUAUGUGUGGUAAAGGAAAGUUUUGUAAGCAGAAAGAAUGCUUGGCUGUGGAAGGACACAAAAACCUAACAUUGUGUGACUCAAAAGUAAAAUGCCAAGGGCAUGGGGUUUGCAAUGAUCACUUUAAUUGCCACUGUGAUGUUGGGUACUCUCCUCCAACUUGUGAACCGGCCCCCUCAUCACCAGGAGGAAGUAUGGAUGAUGGGUAUUGGGUUGCAACAGAUAGAAGUCCAUCCUUGCUUGUAAAACACCAAGCUGCUCCUCAAAAAAAUGGCCUUUUGAUCAGUUUCUACAUUUUUCUACCUUUCCUCAUUUUAACUGCCAUCAUUGCUCUUAAAUGGAAUAAAAUGAAGGGAAUUUGGAGUAGAGUGGGAACAGUAAGCAGUGAAUCUCCAUCAGAAGACAGCAGUUGUGACAGUGCCCAGUCAUACACUUAAAGUAACUUAGAAAUAUUAUUAAAAAGCCAUAGAAUGGAGAAAGAAUAUUACCAAGAAAUUCAUCUUUAUCCUGCUUGAUUCAAGAACAAAAGAAACCUCUUUUUCUCUCCUUUUGUUAUGGCUUAAAACUCUGAAUUUCACAAACCAAAAUAAACCCUAUGACUGAA